GCACGCUGGGCAGAAUGAUUGUGUUUGUGUCGCACUGAAGUAAAUAAUCCAUUUAAAGCGGUUUAAACGCACCAUUUAGGCAUAUUUUUGAUGACAUGACAUUAAAAGCCGCUCAGCCACGAUGAGUACAGCUUGAAGCACAUGGGCAACCUCAUGAGCAGCAGGAGGCAGAAAGAUGGAGAGGAGAGUCUCAUUGGGCCCUCAUCAUCUGGGGAUGCUGCCUCCAGUGAGGACAUCCUGGAUCGAGAUCCCCCCACUCCGGUGUUCGUCUACGUGUUGGCGUUCUUCUCUGCCCUGGGAGGAUUCCUCUUUGGGUAUGACACUGGGGUGGUCUCGGGGGCUAUGCUGCUCCUGAAGAAGGAGAUGAACUUGAACACUUUGUGGCAGGAGCUGCUAGUUUCCAGCACGGUGGGAGCCGCCGCGCUCUCUGCCCUGAGCGGCGGCUCACUGAACGGAUGGCUGGGACGCAAGAUCUGCAUCCUCAUAGCCAGCUUCAUUUUCAGUAUUGGUGGUAUUAUCCUGAGUUUAGCUCCAGACAAGGUGGUCCUUCUGGUGGGCCGAGUCACAGUUGGUUUGGGUAUAGGUAUUGCCUCUAUGACGGUUCCUGUAUACAUCGCAGAGGUUUCCCCGUCUCACAUGAGAGGUCAGCUGGUCACCAUAAACUCCCUCUUCAUCACUGGUGGCCAGUUCAUUGCCAGUGUGAUCGACGGAGCUUUCAGCUACAUGAGCCACGACGGCUGGAGGUACAUGCUGGGUCUGUCCGUUGUCCCGGCUGCACUGCAGUUUGUGGGCUUCUUCUUCCUGCCAGAGAGCCCCCGCUGGCUUCUUCAAAAGGGCCGGAGCCAAGAGGCCCGUCAGGUUCUCAGCAGGAUCAGAGGAGGCCAGAAUGUCGACGAGGAAUACGACACCAUCAGAACCAGCAUCGAGGAAGAGGAGAAAGAGGCGGGUGGAGGAGGCGUUGUUAUUCUACGCAUCCUCAAGCAUGGUCCGACUCGCAGGGCUCUCGUCGUUGGCUGUGGCCUCCAGAUGUUUCAGCAGCUGUCUGGGAUUAACACCGUCAUGUACUACAGUGCAACCAUUCUGCAGAUGGCGGGUGUGAGGGAUGACAAACAGGCAAUCUGGUUGGCCGCUGCAACCUCUGCCACCAACUUUGUGUUCACCUUAGUCGGAGUCUGGCUUGUGGAGCGAGUCGGCCGCAGGAAGCUGACACUGGGCAGCCUUAUAGGUACUGCUCUGAGUCUGUCUGUGUUGGCAGUCGGCUUCUUGCUUUCAGCCCAGAACUCACCAUCCAUUACCCUCCAUCCGGUCGACCCUCACAACUCAACCUGCAGGCUAUACGAAUCCUGCGAAUUCUGCAUGCUGGACCCAGAUUGUGGAUUUUGUUAUCGUGAAAACGGCACCAGAGUGUACGAGUCCUCCUGCAUCUCCGUCAGUCAAGAGUCCAUAGAUCACGCAGCAUGGGGAAGGUGUUCCAACCUGACAGAGGCAGCAGGCGGCCCAAUCUGGGCUUACAACUACUGUCCCACAACCUACUCCUGGAUCGUCAUGAUGGGUCUCAUCCUCUAUCUGGCUUUUUUUGCUCCAGGUAUGGGAACCAUGCCUUGGACAGUGAAUUCAGAGAUCUACCCACUUUGGGCACGCAGCACCGGCAACGCCUGUUCAGCCGGGGUCAACUGGAGUUUCAACGUCCUGGUGUCUCUGACCUUCCUUCACGUCACAGAGUAUCUGACUUAUUACGGUGCGUUCUUCAUGUACACGGGUCUAGUGGUGUUGGGUAUCCUUUUCGUCCAGGGCUGCCUGCCAGAGACGCAGGGUCUGCAGCUGGAAGACAUCGAGAACCUGUUCACCGGUCCGCUCUGCUCUUGCGGAGCCUCUUCACCCAACGACAGUCGCCACGUCCAUUACAUCCGGGUAAAAGGCAGCAACUACCUCCCUUCUGACAACGAUGCCUCCGAUGUAGAGUAGUCCGGGAAGAUUCUGUCCUUCCACUCUGUCUUUUUGGGUUUCAUGACUUUUGACUGAGGAGUGGGAAGACUGGUGAUGUGGAGAGGAGAAGUCUUUGGUGGUUGAGAUCCAAAAUGAGCAAAAAGUGAUGUCUUGUGUGAUGGAUUGUAAGUGGCACUUUCCCCUCACUCAGGCGACUCUUUUCCUUCCUACCUGUCUCUCACUUUGGUUUGGUUUGGAGUUGGUUUGGUCUGCUUCUUCUCAUUUCCAAUCAUCUUGUCUGUCAUCAUAAAAGGAAACAUUGGAGUGAGACUUUCCAGGAUGUGACUGAACAGUGGUGCUGGGAUAAUUACCGUCCGUAACUGGUAAAAUGAUAAUAUCACAUGAUGGUAAUCUUUUAAAGGGAAUUCCAUUUAACAAAAGGAUCAUGUUUACUUUAAGGACAUUUACUGAUGAACUUUUUUUCCAUUUCUUCAUAUCUAGCAUUUUAAAGUUUUUAAUCCACUGAGUUCAGAAUCAGGGCGACCAGGUUCCUGACUCAGCAUUUCUUCAGCCUUUCCAAACUGUCAUGAUAAUUUUAUUUCCAUAUUUAAAAAAAAAAAAAAAAAGACCUCUUUGCAGGAUAUAUAAGCAUACUCAUCUACAAAUUAACUAUACCAGCAAGUCAGUGUUUGUAUACAGGCCUUAAUGUUCUGUAAUUCAUGAAGAUGUCAGAAAUAAGGGAUCUACAAUGCGGAGAAAAGACAGUUUCAGACACUUUCCCUGGGUUUUUUACCUUCUCUGGACAUUAACAUAUGAGUACCUUUGGUAGUGGGUUAGACUCUUUCCAACACAUUCCUGUCAAAAUCACUACCAUGGGUUUUAAAUUUGACUCUGUGCUGGUGUAAAACAAAUCAGUGGGUUGUGAUUUGCUGCUAUUGUGUACACAGUGGGAGAUAUUGCACUUUAAAAACCAAAAAGGUGUCUUUUUUUUUCUCAGAGAGAUAUUUAUACAAAUAUGAGAUUGUUAUAACUAGCUACUCAAAUCUGUACAUUUUUUUUUAGCAAAGUUCAGAAUCAAACUACGGAGCGAUGGGGUCGGACAAUGCCAUAGCCUUUAUAACUGUGAGUACUGCAUUAAGGUAGUGUGCCAGUAACUUGUCUGCUCUGCUAUAUUGCUGAAUAUGCCUUUUGUUAUUGUUCAAUAUAAUGUCCUUGUUUCCACAGCUGAGAUAAUGGUGACCAACUAGCCCUGAACAACUUUGUACAGAGCACAUUUCUGACACACUUUGACUAUGUGCCAAUUAGCUUUACAGUGACACAUUCGGCAUCUAAAACCGUAAGAUAUUAACUGUACUUAUUAACAGUUUUUUAAUGCUGUCUUUUUGCACAUUUGCAGUUCCUUGUAAUUGAUUAGUGUUCAUUUUUUGUAGGAGUGUUGUAUUUAAGAACAAAAUGUCUUGUUUCUAAUAAUGUAAGAUUCCCACAAACAUCAGGGAAUGCCUCAACUCAAUAGUUUUCUGAUGUAUGAAAUGUUUAGAAAUUGCACAAAAAAAACCUACAUGAUCCUGGAAACAAAAUGAAUCGGUGUGUAUAACAAUAUUUUGUAGUUACAGAUCCAUUAUAAUUAUCUAAGUAGUACUGUAUAUGUUGUGGAAAAACAGCAGUAUGUGAGUAGUGAUACCAUCCAGCCACUAAUCAUGUAAAUCAUGCUCAUUUUCAGCCUAUUUGUGUAGUUUUGGAAAAUAUACAGUAUAAUCUUGGUGAUGUAUUCAAAAUAUUGAACAUGGCACUGUCAUAUAAAAGGGUUUGAUUUACACACAAUUGGUCAGUAAUGUCAAAGAUAUUCAUAAGGAUAAUAAACAAUCCAUUUGAUCCAUUUUAACUUGAUGAUAAAUGAGGUACUGUCAUUUUCAGUUUAUAUAUGAAAUGUUUGUGAUGUAUAUGAAGUUACAAUCCAUGUCUCUUUGAUCAUGUUGUGUUCAUUGAUCUGAUCUUUAGGAAAUAA